CCUUCCCGCUCUCUUUCUCUCUUCAGCGAUACAUGUGCAGGGAGAGACUGUGACGCAGCCAUUCCAGAGCGUGAGCCAAAGGCACACAGACAGCACUGAUCCUCCUCCCUAUACUCCACAGGGGCACCCCAGACCCAGAGAAGAACACCUAUCUACAACACACAGCGGCAGCUGAACUUCCAGAGAGGUCCGGCUGUGCAGACACACGCACUGCUCCACCAGGAGGCUUCCACUCACAACCUCACACUCUCACUAAGCCUGUCACCCAGCCAACCGUCUGAACCACUUGCUGGAUGUCCACUAUGGAAACGGGUCAGAAACGAACCAGCCGUGGCGGAGCCACACCCCAGCUCACCCCAACUCGCAUUUCCCGCCUGCAGGAGAAGGACGACUUGUGCAACCUCAACGACCGGCUGGCCGUCUACAUCGACAAGGUGCGCUCGCUGGAGAUAGAGAAUGCUGGGCUGCGGAUGCGCAUCACUGAGUCCGAGACCGAGAUCAGCCGUGAGGUGACGGGCAUGAAGGCGGCCUAUGAAACAGAGCUUGCCGACGCCCGAAAAACCCUCGACUCGGUGGCCAAGGAGCGCGCCCGACUGCAGCUGGAGCUAGGCAAAGUCAAGGAGGACUACAAGGAGCUCAAAGUCAGAAAUGGGAAGAAGGAGUCGGACCUGGAGGCAGCUCUGGCCCGGCUGAGGGAUCUAGAGGCUCUGUUGAACUCUAAAGAUGCCUCUCUGUCCACCGCCCUGGGGGAGAAACGCUCUCUCGAUGCUGAGGUCAGGGACCUGAAGGCCCAGCUAGCCAAGCUGGAGACCGGUCUGAGCGACGCUAAGAAGCAGCUUCAGGAUGAGAUGCUGAGGAGAGUGGACGCUGAGAACCGCCUGCAGACCAUCAAGGAAGAACUGCAGUUCCAGAAGAACAUCUACGGAGAGGAGUUGAGGGAGUCCAAGCGCAGGCACGAGUCUCGCAUGGUGGAGAUUGACAGUGCGGGAACAAAGCAGGAUUACGAGAGUAAGCUGGCCGAGGCCCUGAUAGAGCUGAGAGCCCAGCACGAGGAGCAGGUCCGCAUCUACAAGGAGGAGAUCGAGAAGACCUACACCUCCAAGCUGGAGAACGCCCGUCACUCUGCAGACAGGAACAGUACCCUGGUGGGGGCGGCCCACGAGGAGCUGCAGCAGACUCGCAUGCGGAUGGAGGGCAUGUCCUCCCAGCUCAGCCAGCUGCAGAAACAGCUGGCGGCAGGGGAGGCCAGGGUGCGUGAGCUGGAGGAGUCUCUGGCCCGGGAGCGGGACAUGAUGCGCCGGCGCCUGGAGGACAAGGAGAGGGAGAUGGGGGACAUGCGCAUGCGGAUGCAGCAACAGCUGGAUGAAUACCAGGAGCUGCUGGACAUUAAACUGGCCCUGGACAUGGAGAUCAGCGCCUACCGUAAACUGCUGGAGGGAGAGGAGGAGAGACUGCGUCUGUCCCCCAGCCCUCCCCCAACCCGAGUCACCGUGUCCCGUACCACUGGCUCGGGCUCAGCACACACCCGCGUGGUCCAGUCCACCAGCGGCAGCCGCAACUCCUCAGGCACGGCCAGCGCCAAGAAGAGACGUCUCAAUGACAACGACAGCGAGACCUCCAGCCUGGCGGGGGGCGCCGUGACGCGUACACGCAUCGCCCAGCAGGCCUCCGCUAGCGGCCGCGUCACCGUGGACGAGGUGGACCUGGAGGGGAAGUACGUCCGCCUCAGCAACAAGGCCAACGAGGACCAGCUCCUGGGCCACUGGCAGGUGAAGAGACAGGUGGGCACCGGCACCCCCAUCGUCUACAAGUUCCCCCCCAAGUUCAACCUCAAGGCAGGACAGACCGUCACAAUUUGGGCUUCAGGAGCAGGCGGCACCCACAACCCCCCCUCAGACCUGGUGUGGAAGACCCAGAACUCAUGGGGCAGCGGAGACCUGUUCCAAACCACCCUGAUCAGCGCCAAUGGGGAGGAAAUGGCACAGAGGAAAGUUACACGCACCCUGUUCCAGGAAGAUGAUGACGAUGACGGCAACCACAGUGCGUGCGGUGUGGACAGUGAGUACAACCUGCGGAGCCGCACGGUGGUCUGUGGCUCGUGUGGCCAGCCGUCUGAUAAGAGCUGUGCCACCUCAGGGGUGUCCAGCGGCUCCUGCUCCAUCAGCAGUGGAGGAGGUCUGCCUGAGGGCCUGAUGUCUCCUCUCUUCAUAAUGGGCAGCAACUCACCCAGACAGGGAGGUCCCAGACCGGAGAACUGCUCCAUCAUGUAAAGCCAGACAGGCACCACCUUACCUGGACAUGAACCUCCCACACUACACAUGGAUGGGAGACGCCUUCUUACUCUUUAUUUCCUUUGUUUCAUAUGAUCUGUCUUAUUUUGUAUGCCAUAAUCGGCAGGCUAGAUUGGCUUUGGUGUUUGGCGAAGGGCUUAGGAGCUGCAUAUCCACUUCAGAUAUAUGAGCUUGUAUUUUCUAGGUAUAUUGCAUGUGGACUGGGCAGAUACUUGCACUGUUUUGGGCCAUAUCUAGGGAGAGAGGCACAGAAAGCACCUUUACCAUUACAGUGGACUUUGAUCCAUAGUGGGCUUUCGCAUCUCAUGUCUAAGCUGUCAACGGUAAACACGCACAGCUGCAAAUCCUGCUAUGAAUCCGUGGACAUGAGGGCUGGAACCAGGCAUCUCUGCCCUGGUAUUCCACAUACACUACCAUAGAAUGUCCUAAAUAGAGAUGGAGUUAACCCCCUCUGACUCCUAGAGGAUUAUGGGGGAUUGUAUUAGACCGAGCAAUGGGAUUGGUCAUUCUAAAGCCAUAGUUACAAAGAGGAGGUCAAACUUGACACUGCCAUCAAGUUGUUUAUAUUUCUGAACACAAGACAUUCGUUUUUGUGGAAUGACAUCUAUAUUAUUACUCAUGAAAGUUCCAAAUUGUGACUUGUUUUCACAGGCUUGAAAGAGGUUUUGUAGUUGUUAAAGAAAGGAAACCAAACGAGAUGAGCGCACAGAUAUGGGGAAGACAAAGUAGUACUGUAUUGUAAGGUCUUGACAUGACCUCUGACCUCUAUAAAUAGUUUCCUCUUAGAGGACUACCUCUAACGUUGUCUGACUUGACCUCUGACCUCACCUUUGUCUUGUAUGAAAAAACAACAAUUACUGUAGGGCAACUCAUCAGAUCUAGACACGCAAAUAUGAUUUCUAGGGACUAUUUGGCAUCUGAGAUAAUUGCCAGAUGGAUUAUAGUAAUGUUACUGUAACAUUCUAUUAUGAUUUUGCAUUUUUAGGGUUGAGGGAAUGAUAUGCCAAUUUUACAUUGACAUCCUCUGUAUUCAUGUAUUGUGGUCUUGAGACUAUUGUCCAGAGGCCUCUCUCCCACUAAAGGAUUAUAAUGGCUGUGUUUUUCUGAGCUUAGUGGCUUUGCGUAUGUUUAUAAAAAUAAAAAAAAUUGGGGGGGGGGGCUUCUUAUUUCUUUACAACUAUGUCAGAAAUGAGCUCUAAUCAUCUACAAAGCUUUAUCCACUGCGUAUUAGAGGCAUGUACUAGUCUGGCAGCCUUUUUAUAGGAUGUAUAAGCAGUAAAGAGUUUCUGAGGAUACUUGAGUUUUUGCAACAUUUAGUUUUUUUUGUACUUCAUACACAUUACUACCAAAUAGCAGAAAAGGUGCUUAUUCUCACUGUUAACCGAAAAACCUUAAAGAAGCUCAAUAAACUGUCAAGUAAAAAAAUGAUUAUUACUUUUGUCACUUUCAGUAUUUCUUUUCUAAUCAUGUCUCAAGUGCCUUAUUGAUACCGGCUAGUGAUCAUUGAAAAUUGUAUUAUUUUUGCAUUAUGAAGUGUCAAUUCCAAAGAUAUGCGGUAUUGUCUUUAAAGACCAUGGAAAUUAUAGAUUUACAGAGUAUGUUGGCUAUACUUGCACGGAAGUUGUCCUAGUACAUAAUGCUCAAUUGAAUUUGUAAGAAAUUAUUGUGCCUAAUAUGGAAAAACCAUGCAAUCCAGGUAGAAUGUAGUAGUGAUUUACAAUUUUUUGCCUUAUGUUCGAGAUCAGUAAAAUUAUUUUCCCAACA